AUGUCGAUUAUCGCCAAUGGAUACAAGCAUUUGUCUGAGCGGAUAGCGGGCCACACCGAGGAGAAGCAUCUGCCGGGUGGGUGGGUGGUGCUCAAGUUUGGGGGAACGAGUGUGGGCAAGUUUGCGGAGGGGAUUGCGGGGAUUGUUGAAGCAGGCAAUAGAGACAACCGCGCCGCCAUUGUCUGCUCGGCCCGCAGCAACAACACCAAGCUCGAGGGUACCACCAACCGCCUGCUGCGCGCCGCCCGCGCCGCCGAGAAACCAGACCACCGUGGCUACGACGACAUUGUCGAGGCAGUGCGCGCCGACCACGUGCAGGCCGGCAGGGACACGCUGAGGAACGCCGACGUGCUUGCGGCCUACAUCGAGGACGUCAAUGCCGAGUGCGAGAAUCUGACUAAGAUCCUCGAGUCGGCCCAGCAUCUGGAGGAGGUGACGAACCGCGUCGAGGACAAGAUCGUGAGCAAGGGCGAGAAACUGAGCUGUCGGUACAUGGCUGCCCUGCUGAACGACCGCGGCACGCCCGCCCAGUUCGUCGACCUGUGCGAUGUCAUCAAGUUCCAUGCGCCGACCAAGGGCCUGAACGAGAAGUUCUACAUGGACUUGGCUGAUGCGCUGGCCAGGGAGGUCGAGGCCUGUGGGGACAAGGUCCCUGUUAUUACGGGCUUCUUUGGCAAUGUGCCCGGCGGCAUCCUGAACUCCAUUGGUCGCGGCUACACGGAUUUGUGCGCUGCUCUCGUUGCUGUGGGCAUCAAGGCGAAGGAGCUCCAGGUCUGGAAGGAGGUCGACGGCAUCUUCACAGCCGACCCGCGCAAAGUCCCCACAGCCGCUCUCCUCCCCUCAGUCACGCCCUCCGAGGCCGCAGAACUGACCUUCUACGGCUCAGAAGUCAUCCACCCCUUCACCAUGGAGCAAGUCAUCCGCGCCCGCAUCCCCAUCCGCAUCAAGAACGUCAUGAACCCACGCAACCCCGGCACCAUCAUCUUCCCCGACAACAUCACCGACAUCAACAACCGCGCCCCACUCAAAGACUCAAACCUCUUCCGCACCCGCUCCUCCAGCCUGCUCACCCACCUCGCCGGCCCUAAGCGCCCCACCGCCGUAACCAUAAAACACAACAUCGUCGUCCUCAACGUCCACAGCAAUAAGCGCACCCGCGCCCACGGCUUCCUGAUGAACAUCUUCAGCAUCUUGGAUCGAUGGCACCUCUCCGUCGACCUCAUCUCGUCGUCCGAGGUCCACGUCUCCAUGGCCCUGCACUCUGAAUCCGCCCUGCUUAGCGGCGGCGGCGAAGAUGAAUAUAAAAUCCAGGAUAAAGACCUCCAGGGCGCGGUCAACGAUCUGGGCCAGCUCGGCACGAUUGAUAUCGUUCCUGAUAUGGCGAUUGUGAGCCUUGUUGGUAAGCAGCUUAAGAAUAUGAUUGGUAUUAGUGGCAAGUUCUUUAGUGUGUUGGGUGAUAAUAAUAUCAAUAUCGAGAUGAUCUCGCAGGGUGCGAGUGAGAUUAAUAUCUCGUGCGUUAUUGAGGAGCGCGAGGCGGAUCGGGCGCUGAAUGUUGUGCAUACGAGUCUUUUUACGUUUUUGGAGUAG